AUGAUGACCACGCCUUCCAACGAAGAUUCCGGCGAUGGAGUAUGCCAAACUAUUGAGAACAUAGCAAACAACUUCAUCUCUCAACAUCGCGAUAAAAGUCUUAGGCCUCUCAGGCUUGCCAAUAUCUCCAUUUCCGAAUUUUCCACCGAAUUGUCGAACCAUUUGUCAGUACUAAACGAAGGUGGCAGUAUUGCCUUUGGCCGUGGAGAGGAUUUGAUUAGCAAGAGCCUGAGCAAAAGCCUAGAGAGCCUUUUCUCGAUUGCCACACCGCUCGUGAGGGAAGGACCACCGUUGACCUGGACGAAGCUUGUUCUGUUUGCGGGUCCCCAGUUUGAGGGCCUAGCGCAUUUUAAGAUUGGGAAUUCUAGCGUUGAGCUGUCAGAACAUGAUCUUAAACUAUUACGAUCUGGUAGGCCUUGGCGAUUUCUCUUCCCUUGGCCAGAUAAAGACGAUUGCAAGAAGGAGCUCCAAUCAAACGACACCGUAUUGCAGGAGCUUGUUGAUGCUCGGAAAGCAAUAGGGGAAGGUGAGUGCCUAAAGAUUUCACCUGCGAUGUUGUAUAGGAAGCUAAGGCCGAGCAAUGUAGUCUUGGAACAAAUUUCGCUUGUUGCGCGAAGUCUCCGGAAUCACCGCGAUCUGAUCUCUCGACUUUCUGAAAAUAAGCAACACGCCAACCACGGGGGAGGAGCUUUAUCAUUUGACGGUGCUCAAUUCUCUGUUCCAAAUGAUAACUUUCUUAGCCCUGUUGCCUCGGCAGAAUAUGAAAGCUCGGGUUAUCGAGAUUCACCAUCCAACACUACGAUUAUCCAGCAUGCUAGCAAUGCCCGGUCGGGUCAAACGGCUAAUGAAGAGCUGAAUGAUCCAGCUCUACCAGAAGGUGACAGUGAGAACAAUGCAAGACCAGGAUUCAGGCUACACACAUCCGACUUCAUUCAGAGCCUGAGCGACAUCCUUGACGAUUCGACGAAUGAGGAGGCCAUGCGUUGGUCAGAGAAUGGGCAAUCUGUCUUCGUCGCCCCAGAAAGCAAAUUUCCUGCACAUAUACUUUCAAGGAUGUCCUCUAAAAGCUACCAAUCUCUCGUUCGGCGGCUUUAUUACUUUGGAUUUCAUAAGGUCGGGGGCGCCUUCCAUCAUGAAUCCUUUAGUCGCGGUCAGCCCAGCUCCAUACGACCGACUCGGGAAAUGAGCCACAGCCCUUCACUUCCAUCGCCUUUAUCCAAUAGCACUUCUCAACGUGGGCCUCGGUACAAAAUCAUCAAAAGAAGGCGGACGAGAGAAAUUGUUUGA